AUGCUCGGAAUCUCACCAAACUUUCAGGAUCCAUUCUUUCAUCUAUAUAUCACCAUUUCCGAGAUCUAUAGAGCAUACAUCCUCCUUCGGCGACAUUCCGAGGUCAUCGACCGCGACGACGACCUCGCUCGGACACCGGACCGACGCGCCGGACCGGUCAUCCGACGCGCUCGAUCAGCGCGUCUCUUCACCUCCGACCACCAUCACGCCGCCUCCAUCGCCUCUCCCGCCUCCCCUCCCCCUCCCCCAUCGCCUCCUUCACAGAGAGUCGCGCAGGCAGAGAAGCCCCCGCUCCGGCGGCCCGAGCGCUGCACAAGACGGUGCCGCGAUCCGGAUAACCACCAACGGCCUAGGGCGCGAGGAGGAGGAAGCGGGUGCGUGAAUACGCCCCGCAUUCGGACUUUUACUAACUUUUACUUGCUUCACGCGUGGAGGGUGGUGGGGAGGAGGCGCAUGCUGCGCGACGGCGAGCAGAGCGGGGCCGAAUAA